UGGUGUGCAGUGAGUGAUUGUUGUCCAGGACACACAGUUUCCUGUAGGGAAGGAACACACACACUCAAUUCUAUAGCUGGAGCCUGAUUGUUUACAGCCAGAUAGACUGUACUAAGCAAUAUGCAGUAUGCAAAUAAAUAUAGGUUUUAUCCAAUUUGUUUCCAUACAUGCUCAAUGUGGACUCACUUCUUUUGAGACUCUGGAAGAAGUGAAUGGAUGAUGGGAAGAAAAGUGUGGGCGUUGAAACAAAAAAGUGGGCGUAUCUGAGAUUCAUACAAAUUAAUGUGCUUGAAAGGAACUUCUGAUAUAGAUCUAGUAGAUCUGAACUAUAAAUGAUGGCCGAAGGACCUGAUCCAGUUGUUGCUGAUCUCGAGCAAGAGGUGACCUGUGGUAUCUGUCAUGACCGCUACCAGGAGCCAAAGCUGCUCCCUUGUUGUCACUACUACUGCAAACAAUGCAUCCUCACACUCUCCAGUCGCUACCGACCCAACCAGCCGUUCCCCUGCCCCGACUGUCGUGAGCCCACUCUAUUGCCAGACAACAACCCAGACAGACUGACCACUGCGUUCUUCAUCAACCGGAUGAAAGCACUCCACUCGAGAAUGGAGAAAGCCCACGGCAAGUUGGAGACUACUUGUGAAAUGUGCUCUGGGGGAAAAGCCACUGCAUUCUGCCGACAGUGUGUCAAUUUCAUCUGUGAGGAUUGUGUAAGACCUCAUCAACGUAUGAAAGUGUUUGCUACACAUAUCGUCUCUACUCUGGAACAGCUCAAACAGGGCGGAGUGAAAGAACUAACAUUCGAAAACCCACCACCCCCAAAAUGUGAAGAUCACGAGGAACUAAAAAAGAUUUUCUGUUUCGAUUGCAACAAGCUCAUCUGUCGAGACUGUAUCGUUAUUGAACAUGCUGGACACAAUUACGAAUUUGUAAAGAAAGCCGCCCCCGCAACUCGCAAAAAGCUGACGGAGCACCUCUCCCCACUCAAGAACCUACUGCCUGAUCUGAGCACAGCUGUGAAUCAAGUGAAAGGAACCAAACAGAAGAUACAGGCCCAGAAAGAGCUGACAGAGAGACAAGUGAAUGCCAAGUUCCAGGAGCUACACGAUAUUCUCGAUCAAUGCAAGGUCCGUGUUUUACGAAAAUCUUCUGUUUUAGCUGAUUCAAAGAUGGAGAAGCUGACGGUUCAAGAGAAGGGUCUGGACCUGUCCCUGGGCACUGCUCAGAGUUUGAUUGCCUUUGUAGAGCGUACACUGGAGAAUGCAAGUGAUGAAGAACUGAUUACAAUGCAAUCGCAGGUGGUGAGUCGAAUCGAUGCCGAGGUGGUGAAGCGAGGGAAGGAAGCAGCCAAUCUUGAUCCAGUAGAGAAAGAUGAUUUUGAAGUCGAAGGGUUUGUUUCUGAGGAUCUCAAGAAGUUGUGUGAGAACAAUGUUUUUGUGUAUGAAGGAAAAGUGGAUCCAACAAAGUUCACUGUCGAAGGAAAUGGAGCUAGAACUGCUGAAAUUAGUACACUUAACAAUUUUUCGAUUCUUGUGGAAUGUAAUACACAAUUUAAGCAUCAUACAAUACAAGUGGCUCUAAAAUCGCUAGUUGAAGAAUCAUCUCAGCAAUUGCAAGCAGUGCCUGUGAGGGAUGGAGUGUACAGUGUUGAGUACACCCCUAGGGUACGUGGUCGACACCACCUCCUGAUCUCAGUGGACAACCAGCCCAUCCCAGGAAGCCCCUUCUCUGUGUUCGUCAAAAUACCCCCUACGAAGCUGGACAAACCAGUAAGAGUGAUAAGAGGAAUCAACAACCCUCGGUAUAUGGCAUUCAACUCAUCAGAAGAACUGAUUGUAACUGAUCGAGACAGUGAUGUUUUGGUGUUGGACAAGAAAGGAGAACGAAUUCGAAGCAUCAGCAAAUCAAAGCAUGGGUUUAGCAAUAUCUCUGGUGUGGCAGUAGACAAGGAGGACAACAUAUAUGUCUGUGACAACGGCGAAAGUUGUGUGUACAAGUUCAACAAAAGAGAAGAUCUACUGAAGAGGUUUGGGACAAGGGGAAUUGGUCCAAAGGAACUCAACUGGCCUCGAGGGAUAGCAGUCGCUGGUGAUCAAGUGUUUGUGUGCGAUCAGAACAACCACAGAGUGGGAAGUGGACAAGGAGAUCUGUCUCGCCCUCAUGGUGUGUGUGUUACUAGCUUUGUUUAUGUUGCUGAUUUUGAUAACAAUCGUGUGUCAGUGUUUACUAAAGACGGUCAGUUUGUCACAUCAUUUGGUAAUGGUCAUAUCACUUCCCAUCUUUAUGGAGUAGCUGUGGACAAUGAUGGUUUUGUGUAUGUGUGCAGUGACGGAUCUGUUAUUAUCUUUUAGUGGCUGUCUUGCAUGACUAGUUUGCAUUUCAUAAUUACUAUUAAUUUUGUGUGUUGAGUGACAAAUCUGUGGUUGUAUUAUCUUAAUUAACCGUUUUCAAA